AAAUUAGAUACAUUUAAAGGAAAUUUCCAGAAAGCUCGGUAUUUAGCGUCAGUUGUUAGUUUUAGAUCUAAAGUUAAAAUUCAAGAAACUCGGCAUACGAUUUAUUAAGACUUACUCAAGAAUGUCUCAACCUGUCGCGUCCAAGGCUCGUGUCAUAAAGAUCCUCAACCGGAUUGGAGCCCGUGGCAUUCUAACCGAAGUCCGGGUGCAACUGGUCGAUCAACCCAAGAUGCAAUUCAUGCGCACAGUCAAAGGACCUGUGCGCCUGGGAGAUAUUGUGGAUUUCGAGGACACAGAGAUAACCUGGCCAUCUUCAAGCAAGAGCAACAGCAACUUUGGAGAUAUUUGCUAAAUAUUUCCAAAGAUCUUUGGUACUAAACAAAAAAUUGGCAAAUACAGAGUAAAAAAUA